AUGAGAUGGAGGGGCUGGGAAGCUGCGGCAGUCAGAAUCUUGCUUUCUUCCAGAAUCGUGACUCCUCGCGGCGUUAGGGUUACCCAGUAUAUUCCAAAUACCGCUUGUUAUUGCAGCCAUGGACAUCUACAGGCAAGUUCUGAAUUUCGGUGCUGGUCCAGCCAAGCUCCCACCCUCGGUGUUGCUGGAAGCACAGAAAGAGCUGGUUGACUAUAAAGGACUUGGGAUUAGUGUCCUAGAAAUGAGCCACAGAUCAUCUGAUUUCACAAAGAUUUUGAACUCUACUGAGAUCUUCCUCCGAGAGUUGCUUGAUAUCCCAGAGAACUACAAAGUUCUUUUCCUCCAAGGAGGUGGAAGUGGGCAGUUUAGUGCUGUUCCUCUUAACCUGAUUGGUUUGAAAGAAGCUAAAUGUGCAGACUAUGUGGUUACUGGAGCGUGGUCAGCGAAGGCAGCCAAAGAGGCAGAGAAAUAUGGAAAAGUGAACAUUGUUCACCCCAAGCUUGGAAGUUACACAGAGAUUCCUGAUCCAAGCAGCUGGAACCUUAAUCCUGAAGCCUCCUAUGUAUAUUACUGUGCUAACGAGACUGUCCAUGGUGUGGAAUUUCAGUUUGUUCCUGAUGUUAAAGGAGCAGUGCUUGUUUGUGAUAUGUCCUCGAAUUUCCUGUCUAAACCAAUUGAUAUUUCCAAGUUUGGCUUGAUUUUUGCUGGUGCUCAGAAAAAUGUUGGUUGUGCUGGUGUAACUGUUGCCAUUGUACGGGAAGACUUAUUAGGGUUUGCAUUGAAGGAAUGCCCUACAAUUCUGGAUUACAAAAUCCAGGCAGGAAACAGUUCUCUCUACAAUACUCCUCCAUGCUUCAGUAUUUAUAUCAUGGGACUGGUCUUAGAAUGGAUUAAAAAUAAUGGUGGUGCUGCUGCCAUGGAGAAACUGAGCAUCAUUAAAUCGGAACUUAUUUAUAAUGUUAUUGAUGAAUCCAAUGGAUUAUUUGUGUGUCCAGUGGAGAAAAAGAGUAGGAGCAGAAUGAAUAUUCCUUUCCGUAUCGGAAAUAUUAAAGGUGACAGUGCCUUGGAAAAACAAUUUCUUGACAAAGCUGCAGAGCUUGGAAUGAUGUCGCUGAAAGGACACAGGUCUGUGGGCGGAAUCCGAGCCUCUUUGUACAAUGCCAUUACUACAGAAGAGGUUCAGAAAUUGGCCAAUUUCAUGAUAGACUUUAAGGAGACGCAUCAGUGAGGCAGAGGUUUUGCCCGGCUUUUUUGUUCCAGCUUUUUCUUCAUGUCAUUACCUUUAUACAAAUGGCACUUACAAAUAAGCUAUUUUCCUAUUCCAUAAAUCGUUGUUGAGAAAACUUGUCACUACAUGUACAUAGAUGGAAAAGCAAAAAAUUCUAUGAAUCUUUCCUUAAGCUGCAGUCAAAAUGAAAAUUUCCAUUUGCUAAAGACUUUUGCACCGCACGAAUUUGUGUACAUCAUGUUGGCUAAGAACCAUACCCACAUUGUGGAAACUUCAUGUUUAGUUUUGUAAGGACCAAUCCAUGUGAAUGCAAAUACUCCUUCUCUUUGUCAUUUUAAAGCAAAGACAAACGUGUUUGAGUCAGAUUGAUAUUAGCAGUUUCAAAAUGGUGUGAGUGCAUGUGUGUUGUUUUGUUUUUUGUGUCUGUAAAUAGAGGUCAAAAUGUAUUUUCCAGAGGCAAUAGCAAAUUGUUCUAUUCCUGUAUAUUUUUGUUUUUCAAACUGAACAAAUAAACAGCCUUGUGCUACAUAAGAUGG